CUGAUGGGUUGCGUCGGGUCAGGCACAAGCGGUCCACUCCAUUAUCAGUAUCUCGGUCAUCAAGCACCGACGUAAACAAUACGUUGGUCUCAAUCGAGCCCACGAUACCAACGGCCUCUAACCCGACGUUUUCGUGCAAUAACAUUUCACGGCCAAACGAACAGCACGCGCCAAACUCGCUUGUACCUUCUGGACGGGGACACACCGAACAAGAGUCGAUAGUCGAACUUUACCAUCCGACACGUCAUCGCCCUGCAGAAAACGACGUUUUGUUGCCUGACAAAAGCACGAUGGCAACGCAGACGAACUCUCCGAUCGCGCUCAAGCGCCUGGAGCAGAUCGCCGCUGAUGUGUGCAACAGCGUUUUUGAGAAUGUCGAGUACUACGAGCAUCCCAAGACGGCGCAAUGGAACGAAGCAAUCAUCAACAAAAUGCUCAAGGCAGUUCUGUCGGAGGCCACGCCCGAAGGUGCCCCUGCGCCGACCUACAAGUUUGCCAUCAACAGCACCAUCGUCCAGCACGUUGUACCCACGUCGCAGCUGAACAAGCCGGCAGCGCCGUCAACAGAGCAGCAAGGGGCGUCCAAGAAGGGGCAAGUUGGCCGGCGCGGCAUGCACAGCGCCACGGCUGGAUACUGGAACGAGAAGACGGACGGCAUGUGGAGUUACAAGUGGGAUGGUGACGCGAAGGGUCUGGACGUCGUCAUCAUGCUCAUCUGGAUGGCUGUCUAACUGAAGCGCCGAGUGCGUUCACGUUGCUGUCAGGUCGUAUAUACCGGAUUUACACUUUAAUAACGUUCACCGCGAAUACAGGCGGCAUCGUACCUUACGCAGCCCUGUCAUGCCAGGCGCACGGCGACACAGACUUGCUUCCUGCUUAGGUACGGUAGUUGUCUCUCAGCCAUUCUCGUACGCUACCACUGCCACAACCACUCGGUCGAGAACAGACGGCCAAUCAUGGG